AUGUCCGACCAUAGUCCCCGCGGCGCGGGCGGUGCCCUCAACCUACGCCACUCCAUCGCCCCGCGUGUCCUGGACAACUCGCUUCCCAUGGCCACCCUCGUCUCUACCUCCCGCUUCUCCGUUCGUGUCGCCCCUCCGCGCCCUACAUCUAACCGCACCCCCGACUCAUCCAUCCUCACCACCUUUGUCUGGCGUGACAAAGGAGUUCGCGUUUCUCUGGCCGGAAGCUUUGACGACUGGCGCAAACACGAGAUGACGUUUGUCCCGGACGUCGGUUAUCACAUCCUCGUCACAGAGCUCCCGCCAGGCGAAUAUGUCUACAGGUUCGUCGUAGAUGGACGCUGGAAAGUCGCAGAGGGCGACCCCAAUCUCCAGGAGGAUGAGUUUGGAGAGAUGUCCCAUUUUAUCCACAUCACCCAUGAAAACGUCGCCACUGCUACGCCCAAGAGGUUUUCCACUGCCGUCGUCGCCCAUGCAGACCCUUCUCUCCAAGCUCGUUCAGAUGCUGUUAUGACCCAGGGCGACAGUGAUACUGAGUCUGAAGGGGAGGGCGAUAUCGAAGAUGAAGUCGAGAAUCGCCCGGAUACCCCACCACUCCCACGGAAAAGAGGCGACGCAGCCUAUAUUGAGGAUUACGACGAUGACCCGUGCGGAGAACUGGACCUCCAGGCAGAUGUCUUCGAGGCCAUGAAGGACGUCGCAGAGACAACUACCGUCAAGGAUGCGCCGCGCUCUCAUACCAAUGCCUCGAACAGCCAGACCAGCUGGACGGAGAGGAAGAACAAGGGGCUCUUUAAAAGAGGGCCUGGAGGAAGAAUGCUUCGAAAGGUUUGGGGCAUGCUCUUUGGAGAUGCUAAAGAAACUAACAAGGACGAGCACCCCGAAGAAGAAAAUUCUCGCCCCGCCCCGCCCACCAAGAAUCAGAAGGCCCAUGGAAUGGCAAAUAAUGAGAAUGCCCUAAGAAAGGGAAUCAAGGUUUGGUUUCCGAGUGAGAAGAAUUUUAUCAAGGGCGUCAAGGGUCGCAAGGUGGAGCCUUCAGAAACCAACGAGGUUAUCGAUGUCGGGCAAAAAGCCCUCAAGUUACAUCAGGUUGAAGACAAUGCGAAUACGAGACAAAUGCUAGGUAAGACCCUUUUCGCCCAAGGCAAAUACGAUGCUGCCUUGGCCCUUUUCUCUCUUUCUGUCAAACUUCGAGAGGACAAUGGGCUCAAGUAUGCAAAAACAACAGCCAUUGCACAUACGGAUGUCGCGAGCGCUUUCAUUCACCUUGAAGAUCUCAAGAAUGCCGAGAAGCAUCUUCGCAUGGCAUUAACCAUUUACGCUAAGAAAACCUUCUCUGGGGGUCGAUCACAGCUCGGUGACGUGCAUUGCUUCCUGGGAGUGAUCGGCGACAUGAAGUCCGACCUCAGAAUUGCAGAGCUGGCCUAUAGGAAGGCUAUUGGAUUGUAUGAGCAAAGCAAGAGCACAGGCGAUAAUCCCAACUACGCCACUGCUAUUGACAACCUGAAUGCAAACCUCCGUCGCCAAAAGGUAAUGAAGAGACAGCCCCAGCCACCGAAAUCCUCCGAAAACAAGCCCGGCGCCAAAACUAGCGCCACGCCUGGUUCGAAUGGCUCUGCAGCAGUCCAACAGCGCCAAAACGGUGUUGCCCCUAUCAAAACUUCUAAUAGUCGUCCUGUACAACGAGCGCAGCCGCAGAAGCCGCCUCCUUCUAAGCGCACUCCUCCCCGCAGACCUUUGGAUCCAUCGAGACCAGCGCCGCGAACUGGCGAAAGCACACGAGGAAUUCUAAAGCCCAUUCAACGAGUCGACAACGAAACAGCCCCUGUGGCUGUAAACCCCACGGCCCCGACUCCGACGCAAGCUACUGCACAGAAGACUGCUUUGAAUAAGAGGCAGAGUAGGCACCCGACGAGUUGGAAGGAUCUCGCCAACACCGCUAGAGCAUCCAUGCCCCAGCAUCCACCACAGGAGAACCUUUCAGACUCAGAGGACGACGAAGAACCGGCUGCAGGAUCGUAUGAGGAAAUGAGCCGGUCCUGGCACAAGGACGCUCGAAAGUUGCUCUACAAGGGACAAUUUAAAGAAGCCAUCGACCUUUACACUCUGGCAAUAUACACCAGAAAGCGUCAUGGGCCGUGGGGUACAAGGGAGAACGCAGAAACGCUCGUUGAGUAUGCAAGGGCGUUGUUCGCUACGAAAGAAUUGGCAGAGUCAGUCACAAUCCUAAGAGAUGCAGUGUCCAUUCUUGAAGCCAUGGAUGUGCAAAAACAUGGCAUGCUUCUCGGCGAGGUUUGGGGUAAUCUAGGAAGCGUCCUAGAUCGCGUAAAUGGACACCACAGUGAGGCCCUUACGGCUCAUUGCGCAGGGAUGGUCGCCUAUGGAAAGAGUGGUAUGUCUACCGACGACGGAAAGUGGAUGAAGGCAUGGAAGGGCCUUUGUGUGAGCUUGAAAAUGAAUGAAGGUUCGACAAGCAAAACUACUGAUGAGCUAUGGCAGUCCAUUGAUCUUCAAAUCAGAGGAGUGACUCCUAUGACAAAGGUCGCUGCCGUGGUUCUCAGAAAGUAG